AUGCGAUUCGUGGGUUUUCUUGGUUUUCCAAGGUUAGGAGCUCGUUUUGUGUUUGGUACUCCAGAUUUUGUUAUGGGGUUCGGUUUACUUUCGAACAACUGCGUGUUCUGGUUCGAUUUACCUGUUGACAGAAAAAUAGGAAAUUCGAUAUCCGAUAUUUAUGGCUUCCUCACUAUCAGCAAGCAUACCCUGUCUCCACAUUGGAUCAAGAACAUGAAAGCUUUAUGUCUUGAGAGAUACAGGAGAAAGGAUGAAGAAGAACACAAGCAAUGCUCGGAAGUAGAGAGUGAGAGGGAAGAAGAAUGUGGGAUUUGCAUGGAGAUGAAAAGCAAGAUAGUCUUGCCAAACUGUAAUCAUGCCAUGUGCUUAAAAUGCUACAGAGAAUGGCGAUUGAGGUCACAGUCAUGCCCUUUCUGCCGUGACAGCUUGAAGAGAGUUAAUUCUUGCGAUUUAUGGGUUUUUCUUGACGGCAGGGACGUUUUGGACAUUUCCGCUAUAACAAGGGAGAAUUUGAAGAGGCUGUUCAUGUACAUAGAUAAGUUACCUCUUGUAGUACCCGAGACUCUCUUUGAUGCUUAUGAUACUCAUCUAUCUUCGUUCUUCAAGGACAUGAAAGAUUAUUCGCUUUCUUUAGCUUUGGAAGGGGUUGGAAAAUAUCUUCCAGGCUUUGUGAGUUUUUCUCCUCUUUGA